AUUGACAUUGGGAUCACUAUUAAAAGUGUGUUAUAAUUUCUCUUUCAUUCUUUGGGUUUGUGUAAAUUGCUAAUAGAACUUACAAUCAGACGGGAAAAUGUGACAUUAACAACUCGUAGUAAGCGUAACACUGUAGAUGAUUUUGGUUUUGAAUUUACAUUAUCUCUUGCCUAUCGUUAUCAUGUUAAUGACAUUUCAAGUUAGUUUCAGAUUAUUUCACUGUUACGAUUUUUAUGGUUACUGUAAUGGCAGACAAUAUGGGUUUAUCUAUUGGCAAGAUUUUUUCUCGUUUGUGCGCCAAGAAGGAGAUGCGAAUUCUUAUGGUUGGUCUUGAUGCUGCCGGUAAAACCACAAUAUUGUAUAAACUGAAGUUAGGGGAGAUUGUCACCACCAUUCCUACUAUCGGAUUUAACGUGGAGACUGUGGAGUAUAAGAACAUUAGCUUCACUGUCUGGGAUGUCGGUGGUCAGGAUAAGAUUCGACCCUUGUGGAGACACUACUUCCAAAACACACAAGGGCUUAUUUUUGUGGUAGACAGCAAUGAUCGUGAUCGUGUUGUUGAGGCUAAAGAUGAGUUGCAUAGGAUGCUGAACGAGGAUGAAUUAAGAGAUGCUGUGUUGCUUGUUUUUGCAAACAAGCAAGAUCUUCCUAAUGCAAUGAACGCUGCUGAAAUCACUGAUAGGCUUGGUCUAAACUCUCUGCGCCAGCGUCACUGGUACAUCCAAAGUACAUGUGCAACAUCUGGUGAAGGUUUAUACGAAGGACUAGACUGGCUUUCGAACAACAUUUCAAGCAAGGCUUCCUUUAAAUAGUAAAAUUGUUUUCGUCUACAGCAAAGUCAUUAGAGAUGCUUAGUGGCAAUUGUUGGCAUCAAUGCUGUUGUAGUUUUAUGAUUAUUACCCUUUUUCUAUUGUUUUGAAAAAUACUCUGUUGUCCCCUCUUAUCUUGUUUUAAUUCUAAUAAAUGUUAUUCA